GCCACACAAACCGCCCGCACCCUCCCGACUAGCCAACUCCUCCCUCUGCUUCUACCCGCUCUCCUCUCUACAUUCACCAUGCCGGUUUCCUCGAGCGCCAGCCAGCAGCAGCAGCAGGGCAACAUAUUCACGCACAUCAGCAAGAUCUUCAGCAGCUUCACCCACCGCCCCUCCCUGUGGACAAACGUUGCUGCCAAAGAGAGGUCUGUUCCUGCCUACAACAACACCAUCGCCAGCCUGCGCCGCUAGCGACCAUCGUCAUCGCCAAACAGUGCUACGACUUGACGGCCCUUGCUACGUGAAGCGCUGCUGCUUUUCCGUGAUGGAUUAAUCGUGUUGAUCGUGUUUUAGUUUUUCUUUUCUUUUUAGUCGCGGUAAGUAUGUCCUGUGGCGGCCUCAAGGGUCGUUUGACGGAUUCAUACACGAAAAAAAAAAAAACGAGGCAGACGCCACCGGUUGUUGUUCCGACUGCUGUCCUAGUUUCGACCGUGUGGUACAAUGUUGUCAAGAGGAGAUAUUAUGCAUUCAAGGAAGAUGGUGACUGGAGUCUUGUGGAGGUCUUCCCCCGCCGCGGCCGGCCGUCUUCGUAGGGUCCCCCGAAUUCGUUCUGUGUAGAUCGCGACGAAGGAAGUACAUAGUACGGUACUGUUUUGUUGGGCGUUGAGGCUCGCUAUGCAUAGGUUGGUGGAGGGGAUGGGAGGCUCUGUUGAUCAGAUCAUACGCUUCGAGGUACGAUAGGUGCCACCGGGGUAGGCGAGAAAAUUCUUGACCUUUGUCUUGUUUUAAGUGGUUACAUGGGAGGUAUAUUUUUGUUGCCUUGGACGUCACUCCACAUACAUGCCCGAUGCGUUUUUUUAAUACGAGUGGUGUUUACGUACGUAGACUUUUAAGUGGAUGGUGCGGAUGCGAUGCCGCCGCGAAGAGACCUAACUUAAAUAGAGGUCCCCGGCCCCUGCUGAGCAUACUUUCCCGAGGUAGUUGUCUUGCUGUAGCUUUUCCAGUUUUGCUCUAUGCAUAUAUGUUGUAUACCGCAGGCGAGGUUGAGACACCCCAUCAUGGCUGGGUGCUGCUUGGCGGUACCUUUUUCUAGUGUCGCGGGGAAAACUUUUUUUUUUUUGGCGUGCACCGUGUUCUCUUAUCAUCGGGCAACUUGACGUGUUAUUCAGCGAUAAGAUAAGUCUUCUCUACCCUUCUCGGCAGUUACAAAUCGAGCCGUCCUAUGGGGCGAGCAUUUCACCAAGGCAACCGAACGCGUGUCGCUCAUAUGGUGUGAUGGUAAAAAGCUUAUGUGUUGGUAUGGCUUUCUGGUGUGAUGACAUAGAAUGUCUGGUGUGAUGGGUGUACGCCAUUUUUUGUACUUGUUGGCGAUCGGAUGUUGUUUCUGCUACCCCCCACCUCCCCAAGGUUUGGUGAAAAGGUCGAUACAUGGCGUUGUUUUCGAAUUGAUGGAUUGAUCGAUUUGGACUGUCCUAUCUACCUAACUACCUACCAAACGAGUAGGUAGGGCGACUGAUUUUUUUUGCGGCCUUCCGUGGACUUCUCGUGUUGCGUUUGACGGUUUUAGCUGACGGGUUGGCGUCCGAGGGCGCAGCAGUUCUCGGUACGGUAGAGUAGGUCGGAAUGUGCCCCAUCAUGGCAGGGCAAAAUAUCUACGAUAGCCUUUUGACGAUAGUCUUCUUGGAUACACAAAACACGUUGGCCGAUAG